AUGACGCCAGACAAACUAAACUCAGCCAUCGUUACGUUUAUGGCCAACUUGAAUAUUGAUGAGUCGAGGGCAAACGAAGCUGCUUUAGUAGUAUCAGAAUCCAUCGUUCACCGAUCAGUUAAAUUAUUGGAGGUUGUUGUUGCGUUGAAAGAUCAUUUCCUUUCAGAAAACGAGAUAGAAAGAAAGAAAGCGUUAACAUGUUUGUCUACUGUCUUAACUAAGACACCGAAUGACCACUUAUCCAAAAACGAAUGCUCAGUUAUAUUUCAGUUCUAUAAAUCUAAGUUUGAUGAUCAAGCGCUUGUAAAGGAAGUUUUGGAAGGGUUCGCUGCGUUAGCCCCAAUGAAGUUUGUUUCCAUUAAUGAGAUUACCCAACUUUUGAGAUUAUUGCUGGACAGCUAUCAACAGGGCCAGCAUUUAGCAUCAACUAGACUAUUGCCUUUCAAAAUUCUAAAGAACAUAUUUGAUAGAUUUUUUACCAAUGCAUCAUCGAUGGAACAGGUGAAGCGAAUUAACGAUUUAUUUAUUGAAACGUUUCUUCAUAUUGCCAAUGGUGAAAAGGACCCUAGGAACCUACUGUUGUCAUUUGCACUCAACGAGUCUAUUACAUCAAAAUUACAGAACGUGGAGAACUUCAAGGAAGAUUUAUUCGAUGUUUUGUUUUGCUAUUUUCCAAUUACUUUCAAGCCACCAAAGCAUGAUCCUUAUAAGAUUUCCAACCAGGAUUUAAAAACGGCUUUGAGGUCGGCCAUUACUGCCACGCCAUUAUUUGCCGAAGAUGCUUAUAGCAAUUUACUGGACAAACUCACCGCUUCUUCACCAGUAGUAAAAAAUGACACCCUUUUAACGCUACUAGAAUGUGUUAGGAAAUUUGGCGGCUCUUCUAUAUUAGCAAAUUGGAAGUUGCUUUGGAAUGCCCUGAAAUUCGAAAUCAUACAGAACAGUGAAGGGACCGAAAACACUUUGCUGAAUCCGUAUAAUAAACACCAAUCCAGUGAUGAUAUGGGUCAAUAUACUAAUUACGAUGCUUGUUUAAGAAUUUUAAAUUUGAUGGGGCUCCAACUAUACGACUUUGAAAAAGUAUCAUUUGAAAAGUUCUUCACUCAUGUAUUAGAUGAGUUGAAACCAAACUUUGAAUAUGAAAAGGAUUUGAAACAAACCUGUCAGAUUCUGUCUGCCAUUGGUAGUGGAAAUAUUGAAAUAUUUAACGAGGUUGUUUCUUCGACUUUUCCGUUGUUUUUGACCAAUACAUCUGAGAUUGCCAAAUUGAAGCUGCUGAUUAUGAAUUUGUCAUUCUUUUUCGAUUCAUACAUUGAUCUAUUUGGAAGAAUAUCUAAAGAGUCGUUAAAAAGCUCGGUACCAAACAACAAAAUGGCCGAAUACAAGGAUGAGAUAAUUAUGCUUUUAAGCAUGGCUUUGACCAGCAGUUCCAAGUCAGAGGUUACUAUAAGGACUCUUUCUGUGAUACAGUUUACGAAAAUGAUCAGAAUGAAGGGGUUUUUGAGCCCAGAGGAAGUUUCUCUUAUCAUUCAGUACUUCACAGAAACAAUACUAACGGAUAACAAUAAGAAUAUAUACUACGCUUGCUUGGAAGGGUUGAAGACAAUCAGUGAGAUAUACGAGGAUUUAGUUUUUGAAAUAUCAUUAAAAAAAUUGCUGGAUCUGUUACCUGAUAGUUAUGGCGAAAAAGUUCGUGUCAAUAAUGAAGAAAAUAUUCAAAUUGAGACAAUCUUGAAAAUUAUUCUUGAUUUUACCACUUCAAGGCAUAUUUUGGUGAAGGAAAGCAUUUCAUAUCUAGCGACAAAAUUAAAUAGAGUGGCUAAAGUUUCCAAAUCCAAAGAAUAUUGCUUUCUACUCAUUUCAACCAUAUAUUCUCUUUUUAAUAACAAUCAAAAUGAGAACGUUUUCAAGGAGGAAGAUGCUCUUGCGCUUAAGCGAGCCAUUGAACCAAAAUUACUGGAGAUAGUUACUCAAGAAUCAACCAUUGUAGAUGACAAUUACAAUUUGACCCUUCUGUCAAAUGUUCUCUUUUUCAUUAAUUUUAAAGUUCCACAGUCGAUGCAUCAGGAAGAAUUGGACAGAUAUAAUAAGCAUUUUCUCUAUGAAGGUGAAAUAGGAAUUUUAGACGCACCAAACAUAUUAGCUAUUCCAUAUGUCAAAAUAUUAUCUGCUCUCAAUAAAGCCUGUCAAUUUCCUCAAAAACUAACCAUACUUGUUGAAGCAGCUCAACUGCUCAAGUCACAUGGUCCGAAAAUGAUUGAAACUGAAAAAUUGGGAUACCUGGAAUUACUGUUAGUCUUAUCAAAUAAGUUUGUUUCUGAGGAUGAUGUAAUAGGAUUACUUGAUUGGGAAGACCUAUCACACAUCAAUCUGGAAAUAAUGGUUUGGCUGACUAAAGGGUUAAUAAUGCAAAACUCAUUAAAAUCACCUGAUAUCAUCAAAAAUUUCAUUGAUUUAUUAUCUAACCAAGAUAUUGGUCCACUUGUUGCUAAGCUUUUUGAAGUUUUUGUCAUGGAUAUCAGUUCUUUAAAGAAAUUCAAAGGUAUCAAUUGGAACAAUAAUGUUAAAAUCUUGUAUAAACAAAAGUUCUUCUGUGAUAUUUUUCAAAUGAUAGUCAACAACUAUAAAAAUACCGUGGAUAUGACCAUAAAAUGCAAUUAUUUGACGGCAUUAUCUCUAGUGUUGAAGCACACCUCAAGCCAGUCGGUAGGUCCCUUCAUUAACGAUUUGUUCCCACUAUUAUUACAAGCUUUAGAUAUGCCUGAUUCUGAGGUAAGGGUAUCCGCUUUAGAAACAUUGAAGGAUACUACUGAUAAACAUCAUAAUCUAAUUACUGAGCACAUAAGUACCAUAGUCCCUUUAUUGCUAUCCCUAGUUCUACUGGAAAAGUAUAACAGUGUCAGUGUCAGAUUUAUAGCCCUACAAAUUUUGGAAAGGAUUACCACUGUGGUGCCCCUAAACUAUUGCCUAAGUUACCAAGACGAUGUUCUUAACGGGCUAAUACCAGUUUUGUCUGAUAAGAAAAGAAUGAUAAGAAAGCAAUGUAUUGAUACAAGACAGGUUUAUUAUGAGUUAGGUCAAAUUCCGUUCGAAUGA